AUGGCGUUGUGCUCGGUUACGUACAAUAACAAAAACAUACCACAAAGUGAUUUAUUGAACUAUUAUUUAACAAUAAACAUAAACAAUAUAUGCAGGAUAUGUUUAGAAAAGGGUCCAAAACUGUUGCCAAUAUUUGAUCCUAUAAAACCGCCGCAUUUUUCAAUUUUAAUUAUGGCUUGCGCUGCCGUGCAGGUGCUAGAAGGAGAUGGUUUGCCUCCCUACAUUUGCCAAAAGUGCAUCUCAAAAUUAAACAUAGCCUUCCAGUUCAAGUCGCAAUGUGAGAGCUCAGACGCCAAAUUAAGACAGUGUUUUGAAAAUUUCCAUCAUUUACCAGCCACUCCAGAUCUGACUGGGUUCAUGGAACUUAAAAAGGACGAUACCAACGCAAAUACAACAGUCACAUUCCCUGAAAAUAUUGAAACAAACAAUUCUCAGCUUCAGGUGCAAGAUAUGCAGCAAGUUGCUGAUGUUACGUUGCCAGAUAACAAUCAAAUGCAAGAAACUACUCUGUUGACAACUGUGCAAAUUGAGCCUGGGCCUUCACUUAAUGAUAUUGAUAAGAACACUUUAACGGAUUUGAAAAUUGAACUAAGUGAUUUGAAGCCUGUGGACCUUGAUUUGAAGGUCGAGGACAUUACAUUGGUCAACAUACCACCCAACACGUCCACUAAGCAAAAGAAGCCGGCAAAACAACACCAGUGCUUCACGUGCGGCAAGAUCUUCCGCAAUAAACCGGGCCUUGUCCACCAUAUCCGCAUUCACACGGGAGAACGACCCUACAUCUGUCACCUGUGCGACAAACGGUUCAUAAACGGCGGUCAUCUGCACGUGCACAUGCGCACCCAUACAGGUGAAAAAAACCACGUGUGUGCGGCGUGUGGGAAGGCCUUCGCAACGGCCCAGCAGCUCACUAAACAUACCAUAGCGAUACACACGUCGGAACGCCCCUACGGAUGCACGUACUGUCAGAAAAGGUUUGCCAGCUCCAGUAACUUGAACACUCACAUAAAAAUACACACGGGCGAGAAAAACUAUCAUUGUGAUCAGUGUGGAAAGGCGUUCUCGACGAAGGGUCAGUUGUAUCAACAUAUGUUGGUGCAUACAGGUGAGAAGGCAUUCCUCUGCGAGUUUUGCCACAAAAGGUUCUCGCAGAAAGCCCAUUUGGUUCGGCAUUUAAAGACUCACAGAAACGGUAACUAGAGAAUUUUUUGAAGUGGUGCAUACUCCAUUUACUUGAUGUAAUGUGGACGAAAACAUAUCCAGAACGGCUGUAACUGAAUUACAUUCCAUUUGUUUUAAAAUUAUUAACAGGGACUAAAGGUAUAAAUAGUUAUAUGUGACUUAUAUUUGCAAUAAACAAAAGUUUUCUUAAGUUAAAACUUUCGUAAAUGCUUCAUUGUCUAGUCAUGUUAGAGCACAUAGAAAUUAAUGAAUUGUUUUAAAGUUUUCUUAAUUUAUACUCAAAGCAAAGAAAUAACAAAAAUGUGAUUUUAGAAUUGUCUCCUGUCCUUGUUUGUGCAAAUGUUUUGGUCUUUGAUUUAUGUCGUUUUAAAUUAAAAACAAAUUUUAUUGGGUACCAUUCGAUUUGAGUUUAUUUAAGUGAACGAAAUCAAAAUUUAAAGGCAAUGAAUAAUAGAACCAUAAAUCAUAUUUGACAUAACAAUAUAGUUCUGUAUGCACCAUUGCUAAUAACUGGUUUUUAUAAAAUCGUAUUUGUAAUUAGUGGUUUACAUUAAACGCUUUAAUAAUAUUUUAAAUUAACAAUUUGAAAGUUUCCGAAACAUUUAUUUGAAGUUCUUUCGACGCUAGUCAUUUAUGUAUUUACUGUAUUAUGCAUAAAUAUUUAAAUGCUGACACCACUGACGAAGACAAUUUCGUUAGUGAUGACCCAUUGAUCCUUCAAAUAAGAGAUUCAGGAAAUUUCUCAUCAUCUCAUCAUAUGUAUAAAUUUAUUACUUAUACUGUAUUGAUAUCUUAAUACACACAGGUUUAUGAAGAAAUUAAUUAAUUUGUUAGACAAGCUUCGACAAAAUUUGUUUAACGAAAUGAUUAACUAUAAGAACUAGAUUGGUUGUGAACAGGUGUUUAAAUUAAAUUUUAACCUUGUUAACGUCCCUCUUUUGUGUUGCCCUAGUCAAAUUGGUAGGCUAGUUUCGCCCAGAGCCUUUCAAAUAUCAGUCAAUAAAAAAUAUCAAUAUUCAAGUAUUUUUACUGCUACAACUAAUUAUUGCAUUAUCAACAUUAAGAGAGAGGUGAGGAGAAAAAUAAUACAUAUUUUAAGAAUACUCAAAUAUACAGCACAUAUCUCAGCAUAUUUUAAAUUUUCUAGUUUUUUCCAAAUAUUAGUGAAAUUUUUUAUUACUUAUAGUUUAGUUCUUGUUAGCGUUGAAAAUAUCUAUUCAAAACCAAUUCUAGUUACAGUAGACCAACUUAACUUAUUUUGUGCAGGUCAUGUUAUUGUCACAUAUUUAUAUUGUAGAAGUAAUUAUGUGAAUAAAGUGAUACAGUGUAAUUUUUUCAUAAUCAUCUCAAAAGAUUUUAAUAAAUUUUAUUCUUUUACAACUUAAUUUAAAUAUAUAAAUAUUGUACAUAGCUCCAUGUAAAUAAGAAACGUACUCUACUACUAUGUUUUUACAACGUAGUUUUAUAACAACAAAAUGGUUUUCAAUAUGAUAUUAAAUAAGGAUAAUCCAAUAUAAGUGCUUCCAGAUAUCCUUAAAAAUUUGAAAACUUUUUGGAUGUUAUUUAUGUUAGCUGACGUAUUUUAUUGUAAAAAUUUCGAUAUUUUCUUUACCUUUACUUGAUAAAUACAAAACUAUAAUAAAU